AUGCAGACCCCUGCUGAGUACUCUGCCUCUCGCCCCAGUGAUAAGGGGGACGCCAACACCCAUCCCAGAACCAUGGUGUCUGAACCCUCCACCCUGCAAGGGGACGUGGUGACCACCCUGGAGCACUUGGACUCAGAGGAGUUCCACUCGCUCCUGGACGCCACCAUGUCCAAGUCAGUCACCCAAGCUAUCUAUACUGCAAUGGGUGUUAUGUCUGACAACAUAUUUAACUCCAUUUCAAAUGCUAUUAAGGCAGCCAACCCUAAGGGAACCCUCGGCAGGGCCACAGAAGAAGGUCCUUUACACAGAGAGGGCCGUAAAGCCGUGAGGAAAACUCACAACAUGGGAAAGCAUGUCACACCUGAGGUCGUGGGGCCCCCACGAAAAUGA